AUGACGGGGAAUCCCGACUCUUCCACUCUGGCAUCAAAAUUGCUGUUUGAGAGGAAGAUUCAGGAUGUGGCUGUGAACUUCUCCCAGGAGGAGUGGGCUUUGCUGGAUCCUUCCCAGAAGAAUCUCUACAGAGAUGCGAUGCAGGAAACUUUCAGGAAAUUCAUCUCUGUAGGGAAUAAAUGGAAAGACCAGAAUAUUGAAUAUGAGUACCAAAACCCCAGGAGAAACUUCAGGAGUCUCAUAGAAGAGAAAGUCAAUGAAAUUAAAGAAAACAGUCAUUGUGGAGAAACUUUUACCCAGGUUCCAGAUGACAGGCUGAACUUCCAGGAGAAGAAAGCUUCUCCUGAAGUAAAAUCAUGUGACAGCUUUGUGUGUGGUGAAGUUGGCAUAGGUAACUCAUCUUUUAAUAUGAACAUCAGAGGUGACAUUGGACACAAGGCAUAUGAGUAUCAGGAAUAUGGACCGAAGCCAUGUAAGUGUCAGCAACCUAAAAAAGCCUUCAGAUAUCGCCCCUCCUUUAGAGCACAAGAAAGGGAUCACACUGGAGAGAAACCCUAUGUUUGUAAAGAAUGUGGAAAAACCUUUGUUUUCUAUUCAAGCAUUCAAAGACACAUGGUAAUACACAAAGGAGAUGGACCUUAUAAAUGUAAGUUUUGUGGGAAAGCCUUCCAUUGUCUCAGAUUAUAUCUUAUCCAUGAAAGAACUCACACUGGAGAGAAACCAUAUGAAUGUAAACAAUGUGGUAAAUCCUUCAGUUAUUCUGCUGCCCUUCAAAUACAUAAAAGAACUCACACUGGAGAAAAGCCUUAUGAAUAUCAGGAAUGUGGGAAAGCAUUUCAUAGUCCCAGAUCCUAUCGUAGACAUGAAAGGAGUCACACGGGAGAGAAGCCUUAUCAGUGUAAGGAAUGUGGGAAAGCGUUCACGUGUCCCCGUUACGUUCGUAUACAUGAAAGGAUCCACUCUAGGAAAAAAUUUUAUGAAUGUAAGCAGUGUGGGAAAGCAUUAUCCUCUCUUACAAGUUUUCAAACACACAUAAGAAUGCACUCUGGAGAAAGACCUUAUGAAUGUAAGAUAUGUGGGAAAGGCUUUUGUUCUGCAAAUUCAUUUCAAAGACAUGAAAAAAUUCACAAUGGACCUUAUAAAUGUAAGUUUUGCGGGAAAGCCUUCCAUUGUCUCAGAUUAUAUCUUAUCCAUGAAAGAACUCACACUGGAGAGAAACCAUAUGAAUGUAAACAAUGUGGUAAAUCCUUCAGUUAUUCUGCUGCCCUUCAAAUACAUAAAAGAACUCACACUGGAGAAAAGCCUUAUGAAUAUCAGGAAUGUGGGAAAGCAUUUCAUAGUCCCAGAUCCUAUCGUAGACAUGAAAGGAGUCACACGGGAGAGAAGCCUUAUCAGUGUAAGGAAUGUGGGAAAGCGUUCACGUGUCCCCGUUACGUUCGUAUACAUGAAAGGAUCCACUCUAGGAAAAAAUUUUAUGAAUGUAAGCAGUGUGGGAAAGCAUUAUCCUCUCUUACAAGUUUUCAAACACACAUAAGAAUGCACUCUGGAGAAAGACCUUAUGAAUGUAAGAUAUGUGGGAAAGGCUUUUGUUCUGCAAAUUCAUUUCAAAGACAUGAAAAAAUUCACAGUGGAGAUAAACCCUAUAAAUGCACGCAAUGUGGUAAAGCCUUCCCUCAUUCCAGUUCCCUUCGAUAUCAUGAAAGGACUCACACUGGAGAGAAACCCUAUGAGUGUAAGCAAUGUGGGAAAGCCUUCAGAUCUGCCUCACACCUUCGAGUGCAUAGUAGAACUCACACUGGAGAGAAACCCUAUGAAUGUAAGGAAUGUGGGAAAGCCUUCAGAUGUUCCAGUUCCUUUCGAUAUCAUGAAAGGACUCACACUGGAGAGAAGCCAUAUAAAUGCAAGCAAUGUGGGAUAGCCUUCAGAGCUGCCUCAGUCCUUCAAAUGCAUGGUAGGAGUCACCCUGAAGAGAAACCCUGUGAGUGUAACCAAUGAGGGAAAACCUUCAGAUCUGCCCCACACCUUCAAAUGCAUGGUAGGACGCACAAUGGAGAGAAACCCUAUGAAUGGAAGGAAUGUGGGAAACCCUUCGGAUCUGCCCGGAACCGUCAAAUUCAUGAAAGGACACAUACUGGAGAGAACCCCUAUGAGUAUAAGCAAUGUGGGAAAGCCUUCACAUCUACCUCACACCUUCGAAAGCAUGGUAGGACUCACACUGGAGAGAAACCCUAUGAAUGUAAGCAAUGUGGGAAAAGCUUUCCUUUUCAUAAAUUCCCACGGAAUCCAAGUUUUCACGUUCCAAUCGGGCUUAGUUAUGAUAGCUACUGGCCCACACCAGCUGCCACAGCACCCCCGUCCCAUGGAAACCGCCCAACUCUCUCCUCCCCGAAUGUGCUGUCCCGAGAGCCCCCAUCUCUGCUCUCCCGGGCUCUGGGCCUUAGAGCCGCGCUGCUGCAGAUCCCAGUUUCCUGGGCUGCUCCCUCCACCUGUCCACAUCCAUCUCCAGCUUUCCACCCUCUCUCCGACCAGCCUGGCCUGGAGGUGCUGCAGUGUCACUGA